GGUUCCUGGCUUUAUACAACAUUGAGAAAAGUACUCCAUAGUAUAUACUGUAUACUCAUUUUAAAUAUGGCAUGAGGAUAUGAAUAAUACAGAAUAUCUAAUAAUAAAGGGCUUCGUACGUUUUUGGAUACUGGAAUGAUUUUUUUAAGAGAGGAAAAUGCGUGAAUCUGAGCUUUAUGUCAAGUACACCCGGGUUUGGAUCCCUGACCCAGAAGAGGUCUGGAAGGCAGCUGAAAUCAUCAGGGAUUAUAAGGAGGGAGACUCCAUUCUUCACCUCAAAUUAGAAGAUGAAUCUACGUUUGAAUAUGCAAUUGGUCCCAAAGACAAGCUUCCGUUUCUUCGGAAUCCUGACAUUUUGGUGGGAGAAAAUGACCUCACAGCUCUCAGCUACCUCCAUGAGCCGGCUGUGCUCUACAAUCUCAAAGUGCGUUUCUUGGAGUCCAAUCACAUUUACACUUACUGUGGGAUUGUGCUGGUGGCCAUCAACCCAUACGAGCAGCUACAGAUCUAUGGAGAAGAAGUCAUCAAUGCGUACAGCGGACAGAAUAUGGGGGACAUGGACCCUCACAUAUUUGCUGUGGCAGAGGAGGCGUACAAACAGAUGGCCCGCGAUGAGAAGAACCAGUCAAUAAUCGUGAGUGGAGAGUCGGGAGCUGGUAAAACGGUUUCCGCAAAGUACGCAAUGCGGUUUUUUGCCACCGUGGGGGGUUCAGCCAGUGACACCAAUGUCGAAGAGAAAGUGCUGGCCUCCAGCCCUAUUAUGGAGGCCAUUGGAAAUGCAAAAACCACCCGUAAUGAUAACAGCAGUCGCUUUGGGAAGUACAUCCAGAUUGGUUUUGAUAGGCGGUACCACAUCAUCGGUGCCAACAUGCGAACAUACCUUCUCGAAAAAUCCAGAGUUGUGUUUCAGGCUGAGGAAGAGAGAAACUAUCAUAUCUUCUACCAGCUCUGCGCAUCAUCAUCUCUGCAAGAGUUUAAAGAGCUUGCUUUGACCAGUGCGGAAGAUUUUACGUUCACCUCUCUCGGUGAGAACAUUUUCAUCGAGGGAGUGAACGAUGCUGAAGACCUGGUGAAGACAAGAGAGGCUCUUACAAUGCUUGGCGUGAAAGACGUUCACCAAAUGAGCAUCUUUAAGAUAAUUGCCUCCAUCUUGCACCUGGGGAAUGUGGUGAUUGUGUCGGAGAGAGAUGGAGAAUCCUGUCAUAUCAAUAGGGACGACACUCACCUGCAGCAUUUCUGCCGGCUGCUGGGUAUAGAGCAAGAGCAAAUGGAGCACUGGCUGUGUCGUAGAAAACUGGUGACCACCUCUGAGACUUACGUGAAGAACAUGCAGCACGCCCAAGCUGUCAACGCCCGGGACGCUCUUGCCAAACACAUCUACGCACAUCUGUUCGACUGGAUCGUAGAGCACAUCAAUAAAUCCUUGCACACAUCCACCAAACAGCACUCCUUCAUCGGGGUGCUGGAUAUCUAUGGGUUUGAAACGUUCGAGAUCAACAGCUUCGAGCAGUUCUGUAUUAACUAUGCCAAUGAGAAACUCCAGCAACAGUUUAACUCGCAUGUGUUCAAACUGGAGCAAGAAGAAUACAUGAAGGAGCAGAUACCCUGGACGCUUAUAGAUUAUUAUGACAACCAGCCGUGCAUUGACCUAAUUGAAGCCAAGCUCGGUAUCCUGGACCUUCUAGAUGAGGAGUGUAAGGUGCCUAAAGGAACAGAUCUGAACUGGGCCCAGAAGCUGUACAGCAAACACUCGGCCAGCGGGCAUUUUGAGAAGCCCAGGAUGUCCAACAGCUCCUUCAUCGUGGUGCACUUUGCAGAUAAGGUUGAAUAUCAGUGUGAUGGAUUCCUGGAGAAGAACAGAGACACUGUCUAUGAGGAACAGAUCAACAUCCUCAAGGCCAGCCAGUUCCAGCUGGUGGCUGAUCUCUUUCAGGAUGGUAAAGAUGUUGCCGCUACCCCAUCCUCUGGCAAGGCCUCCCGGGUCAACGUCCGGCCCGCCAAACCCCAGCCAAAAGGUCACAACCGUGAGCACAGAAAAACCGUAGGCACCCAGUUCAGAAACUCGCUACAUCUUCUGAUGGAAACGUUGAACGCAACCACUCCUCAUUACGUGCGCUGCAUCAAGCCCAAUGAUUUUAAAGAACCUUUUAUAUUUGAUUCUAAAAGAGCUGUUCAGCAACUACGGGCAUGUGGAGUUCUCGAGACGAUCCGCAUCAGUGCCGCCGGAUAUCCAUCCAGAUGGACAUAUCCAGAUUUCUACAGCAGAUAUCGGGUUCUCAUGACAAAGAAGGACAUGACCAUUGCGGAUAAGAAGCUGGUCUGUAAAAACCUACUGGAGACGUUGGUCAAGGAUCCAGAUAAGUUUCAGUUUGGAAAGACCAAGAUUUUCUUCAGGGCCGGUCAGGUGGCCUAUCUGGAGAAGCUCCGAGCAGAUAAGUUCCGCUAUGCCUGCAUUAAGAUCCAGAAGACGGUGCGAGGAUGGCUGCAAAGAAUUCGCUACCGCAAGAUCCGCAAGACGGCCAUCACCCUGCAGAGAUACGGUCGGGGUUACCUGGCACGGAGAUACGCCGAGAGACUUCGUCUCACCCGUGCAGCUCUCAUUUGUCAGAAACGGUCUCGGAUGGUUCGGGUGCGACGGGAGUAUCUCAAAACCCGUCGUGCUGUCGUCACCAUCCAGGCAUUUGCCCGUGGCAUGUUCAUACGCAGACUAUAUCAGGAGUUCAUGCUCCAUCACAAAGCCAUUAUCAUCCAGAAGGCUGUGCGUGGUUGGCUUGUGAGGAAGAAAUAUCUCCGCGCUCGAAACGCCGCCGUCGUCAUCCAGUGUUUCUAUCGCCGCGUGCGUGCCAAGCGUCAACUUCAACAGCUCAAGAUAGAGGCCCGAUCGGCUGAACACUUCAAAAAUCUCAACGUGGGUAUGGAGAACAAGAUUGUGCAGCUGCAGAAGAAGAUGGAUAACAAGACCAAAGAAUAUAAAACUCAGAGCGAGCAGCUGCUUGUUGUUAAUACUUCUCUGGGAUCAGAGGUUGAUAAGUUGCAGAAGGAGCUGCACACCCUUCGUAGUCAGCAGGGUCCCAGCACUCAGGUGGUCUCGCUGCAGGAUGAGCUUGAGAGGUUGAGGGCGGAGCUCCAGGAAGCCCACGCCCAGAGGAAGGUGAUAGAGCUGGAGUUCAGCAAUGAGAAAAAUGAUCUCGAAAAGCGGGUGGAGGAGCUGGAGAACGAAAACUCACUUUUGAAAAAGGAGAAAGAGGAGAUGAACCGCAGAAUCCAGACCUCUGCUCCGGGUAAAGGUGGAGAUGCGUCUCAGAAGGAGAGCCGCAUACAGGCUGAACUGGAUGAAGAGAGGCAACGUUAUCAGAACCUUCUCAAAGAAUUCUCCAGACUGGAGCAAAGAUAUGAAAACCUGCAGGAUGAGAUGAAGUUCCAGCCCGGCCACCGGCGUAACCCCUCCAACCAAAGCAGUCUGGGCUCGGACUCCAACUACCCCUCCAUUAGCAUGUCUGAAGUUGGAGACACUGAUGACACUAUCCAGCAGGUGGAGGAGAUGGGCAUCGAGAAGGCCGCCAUGGACCUCAGUGUGUUUAUGAAGCUGCAGAAGCGGGUACGAGAGCUGGAGCAGGAGAGAAAGAGGCUCCAGACCCACCUGGAGAAAGUAGAAGAUCUGAACAACCGCAAGGGUAAUGAGACCAGGAGCUCCACGUCAGAGGAGGAUAUAAAUGCAGACCUGGCCUACAACAGCCUAAAGAGACAAGAGCUUGAGACCGAGAAUAAGAAGUUGAAGAAUGACCUGAACGAGCUGAGGAAAGCGGUGUCCGACAAGGCCUCCGAAAAUAGCUCGUCCAAUGAGCUUCAGGACGGCUACAGCGUGCUGCUGAAUCAACUCAAAGAGGCCAAUGAUGAGCUGGAAGUGCGCAAAGAGGAAGUCCUCAUGCUCAAGGCCCAGAUCGUCAACACCACGAGGCAACUGGAGAACACCAUUCACAUUAAUUCCAAUGAUGUGUCAGAAAUAACCAACAACAAGAAGCCAGUGGACGUGGUCAAUGCUGUGGACACCGUGGAGUCAAAGAAUAAAGCACAAGACUGGGGUUAUUUGAAUGAAGAUGGGGAGCUCGGCCUGGCGUAUCAGGGUCUGAAGCAGGUUGCCAGGUUGCUCGAAGACCAGCUGAAGACGCAGUCUCGGCAACACAACGACGAGCUGGAGGCUCUUCACACGCAGAUCGAACUGAUGAGGAGCGACUUGGAGAAGAAGCAGGAAAUGCUCAACCACUUCUCCACCCUCUCUCCUGAAGCUCUGGUGGAGUUCAGCAUAGAACAGGAGCUCACACGCCUCACCAAUGAAAACCUGGAUCUCAAGGAAAUUAAGGAGAAGUUGGAGAAGAAUGAGAGGAAGUUGAAGAAACAGUUGGCGAUCUAUAUGAAGAAAGUGAAGGAGUUGGAAGUGACUCAGGCUAGUAGAAGCAGGCCAGAACUGCAUCGACAGGUCACAGUACAGAGGAAGGAUAAGGACUUUGAAGGCAUGCUGGAGUAUUACAAAGAAGAUGAGGCCUUGCUGGUCAAGAGUCUUGUUACAGACAUGAAGCCGCAAGUUGUGUCAGCCACCGUCCCCUGCCUCCCUGCCUACAUCCUCUUCAUGUGCAUCCGCCACGCAGACUAUAUCAACGACGACCAGAAAGUUCAUUCUCUCCUCACCUCCACCAUCAACGCCAUUAAAAAGGUUCUGAAGAAAAACGGCGAGGACUUUGAGACGACCUCAUUCUGGUUGGCAAAUACCAGUAGACUUCUUCACUGUCUGAAGCAGUAUAGCGGAGAAGAGGCGUUUAUGACUCAGAACAGUGGCAAGCAGAAUGAGCACUGCCUGAAAAACUUCGACCUGGCGGAGUAUCGGCAGGUUGUGAGCGACCUAUCCAUCCAGAUCUAUCAGCAACUCGUGAGAGUGGCAGAGGCCAUCAUGCAACCCAUGAUCGUAUCUGCCAUGCUUGACAGCGAAAGCAUCCCAAGCCUGGCCGGAAUGAAGCCCAUGGGCUACAGGAACCGCUCCUCUAGUUUCGACUGUGAGGAUGGGGGUCCUCCGGGAUAUACACUACAGGCCCUAAAACGGCAGCUGGGACAGUUCCACACCACCAUGGCCGACCACGGGAUGGACCCUGAGAUCUGCCAGCAGGUGAUUCGCCAGCUCUUCUACUCCAUCAACGCGGUGAGCCUCAACAACUUGCUGCUACAUAAAGACGCCUGCUCCUGGAGUACAGGGAUGCAGCUCAGAUACAACAUCAGUCAGUUGGAGGAAUGGCUGAGGGGAAAAAAUCUUCAACAGGGUGGAUCUAUAGCCACUAUGGAACCUUUGAUUCAGGCCGCUCAGCUGUUGCAGAUGAAGAAGAAGACAUCGCAAGAUGCUGAGGCUAUUUGCUCGCUGUGUAGCACCCUCAGUUUACAGCAGAUCGUGAAGAUUUUGAACCUGUACACACCACUCAAUGAGUUUGAGGAGAGGGUCACUGUGUCUUUCAUCAGAGACAUACAGAAUCGCCUCCAAGAUCGAAUAGAAAACAACCAACUGCUCGUGGACACAAAGCACACCUUCCCUGUGCUCUUUCCCUACACUCCGUCAGCGCUCAGUUUGGAGACCGUACACAUCCCCGCCUCCCUUAACCUGAACUUCCUCACAAGGGUUUGAGACCUCAUUUUCUGUCUUACUCUGAGCUAAUACUCCUGCAGAAAGGAGCUGAGGCCCAUCGCAGACCUGCUAACCCACAUACUAACAUCACCAAAAAUGUGUGACUGGAAUUUACAGUAGCAGCAUAUAAAAUGGACAAUCUCCCUGACCGACUAACUAUGGUGUGAAGGUGCUGUAGUUUCUGUCUGUGUGUGUGUUCAGUGGGGGAAUAUGUGUGAUGUAAAUAAGCUGUCUGCCUUUUGACUUUGCUUCUGUAGAACAUUCACCCAGCUGUUUUCUCCCGGUUUUAUAUGACCAGCGAAAAACAAGCAAGACCAAAAAAGUUAAAACGCUAUAUUUGGAUUGGGAUAGCUUUCACUCAUUUUUUAAGAUUCAAUCAGUUUAAAAUAAGUAAAAUAAGAGGGCUUUGGGCUACUGACAUAUAACACUAAUGCAGGAUUUAUGUGUCACUCAUGUAUCUGUAUUAGUAUGCACUGAUUUCCGAAAUAUGGGCUACCAAUGAAGCACAGCACGUCUGUCUCGUUCACAGUGAUCUUGUUCCUUCCCUAGGCGAAUUCUUAAGAGUCCAAACCGGCUGCCAAGACUCAUUCUCACAACCGUAAAAGCAAGAAAAAGCUCUGCAUUGCAGUGGCUGUGGCCAGAAAGCAAUCUGGAUCAGUUUCUCCAAACAGGCACGGACUCUUUAGAUGCUUUUCCCCCCUUUCGAGGAACACUGAGAUUGUGGGGGUUUUGUUCUGUUUGAGAAUCUAAUGCAGAGACUUGAUGCCCUGAGUCAUGUCCAUCAAAAGGGUGCCGAUCAGCUCUUGUGACAGCUGUAUGGCAAGCAACCAAUGAAAGUGACAUUGUAAAGUAUGUGGAGCAGAAAGAGUGAGGACGUUGGGAGGAGUCUGAACUUGGAUAUGUAGUGUUCUAUCAAAAAAUGAAAAACGUGUGAUUGUUGUUUAAGGGGAAUCUAGAAUGUGCAGGAAGGAAAGGCAUGUGCAAGAAACUUAUCUGUAGUGCAAAGAGGCAUUUGUACACUGGGAGCAGUUAUACAGUACCAAAACACUCAAGAUUUAUCAUAUUGUGACACAUUUUACUUUUGCACGGCUCUGUAAAUGCUUAUGUGCAAUCCAAUGGCAAUAAUCACAAGCACUGUUUACUGCAAAAAAAACAACGAGAGAAGAAGAAUAAACAUUUUAUACAAGGGAUUUACCCUUUUUGUGUGUUCAAAAAUAAGUAUGCCAACAGAAUGGGCUGUUCUCCACGAACGGACUUUUGUUAUUUCAAAGCAAUCAUGUCUUUCAUUUGUUAUCAUUUUAAUGAAACAAUAAUGUAUGGUUUGUGUAGUCUGUCAAAACAUACAAAACUUAAAUUCAUAUGUAUCAUUCUCCGGAUAUCACUUCCUGGAUUGAUAUAUUUCUUGAUGCCAAUAAAGGACUGUAUUUUCAUA